AUUAUGCGCCGAAACCCGAAUGAUUCCAAUGCCAGGAACCGGGCCACCUAUAUAAACCGCCCGAACGAUUAUCUCGACACAACACGCCCAACUAGCGAGUCCUGGUCAUUUCCCAGUAGCGCUAAUACCAAUCUAACACUCAUCAUGAAGUGCUUCAUCGUCUUCUCCGCCCUUGUCGCUGUGGCUCUCGCCAAGCCCGGUGGCCUCGUCCACGGAGUUGCUCACGGCGCCUACGUGGCUCCUCUGGCCUACGCUCACCUCGUGGCCGGUGCCCCGACCGGACCCGACGGCCGCGUCGUCGACACCCCCGAGGUCGCUCACGCCAAGGCGGAACACGCAGCGGCCCAGGUGAACGAGCGAGUGACCCUUGCCCGUGAGGCUUCCAAGAACUACGCCGCCGGUGUCGUGCCUGCCUACUCGGCUUACCCGGCUUACUCGGCUUACUCGGCUUACGCCGCACCAGCCGUCGUAUCUCCCUACACGGCACCCGCUCUCGCCUACGGCAAGGUCUACUCAGGUGUCGCCCCCGUCGUCUCUGCCUACGGUGCGUACGCUCCCAGAGUCGCCUAUGGUGCCCCCCUUAGUUUGGACGGACGUGUUGUCGACACCCCCGAGGUUGCCGUCGCCAAGGCUGCUCACUUCGCCGCUCACGCCGAGGCCAAGGCUCGUCUUGGAUACGCCGGACAUUACGCUUACGCCGCCCCCCUUGCCGCCUGGUAAAGAGGAGGAUAGAAGACGCUGGUCCGAGAUCGAGUGAAGAAUCAAUCUUUUUUUUAUGACUGUUUUAAGAAUAAAUUGAACUAUUGGCAAACCCCGUAA